AUGGGAGCACAAUUGUCCUUAUCAGCCCGAACAGCCCCUUCUAUUGCUAUUUUCUCUUAUAUCGAUGUCCUUAAUGAAGUGCAUUAUGUUUCGCAGCUGAAUUCAUCUAUGUUUUUGAAAACAUGUAAAGGAUUGGAUCCCAAUGGCGAGGUCAUUAUCAAAGUGUUUAUAAAACCUAUGGAGAACUAUGAUUUGAAAGAUAUUCAGCAAUCAAUCAUGAGGGAGGCAUUGCGCUUGGCGCCCUUACCAACUGCCCUAAACUUCAGCAAAGUGGUAGAAUCAAACAGAGCAGGUUACCUGAUACGACAACAUCUGAAAAGUAACCUUUAUGAUAGGCUUAGUUCACGGCCUUAUUUACUCGACGUAGAGCUCAAAUUUUUGACCUUCCAGCUUCUUCAGGCCCUUGAUGAUAUUCAUCAAGCAGACAUAACACAUGGAGAUAUUAAAACCGAAAAUAUAUUGGUGACAAGUUGGAACUGGCUUUUAUUAGCAGAUUUUUCAUCGUCAAUUAAGCCAACUUAUCUUCCGGAAGAUAACCCAGGAGAGUUUUCCUUUUAUUUUGAUACGUCUAAGAGAAGAACAUGCUAUUUGGCACCAGAAAGAUUUGAUUCUAAACUUCAUGAAAGUACAAAUAAAUCACAGGGACCAGUGACCAAAGCUAUGGAUAUAUUCAGUAUGGGAUGCUGCAUUGCGGAACUUAAUGCCGAAGGGAGGCCUCUCUUUAACCUUUCUCAACUCUUCAAGUACAAGAAUAAAGACUACGUCGUUGAAGGAUUUUUUAGCGAGGAGAUAAAGUCAAAGGAACUUAAAAGCUUAAUAAUGGACAUGAUUCAAUUGAAUCCCAAUAAACGAUUAUCCAGCAGAGAGAUUAUGGAAAAAUACAGAGGAAAAUAUUUCCCUGAAUAUUUUUAUACUUUCACCUAUGAAUACUUCAGAACAUUAGCCACAAUGAGCACAAGUACGCCUAGUACAGGCGCAGUUUGUACACAUACAACUCUUGAGAAUCAAAUGAAUGUUGUAGAUGGUUGCUGUGCAAAGAUAUACACAGACUUCAAGAUGAUUUGUGAGUAUAUGGGUUACACUGGUUCAUUAGAUCGGAAGUUUGUGGUGAAUCAAGAAUUCGAUUGGUUUUUCUCACGGGGAGUAAAACUAGCAGAAACUGGAGUACUAAAUGCACGUUUCAUUGACUCAAAUUGUCAGCCAGUUAAAGAUGAGUGCGCUUUGCUAUUCAUAUCAUACAUUUCCCAUGGGUUGCGAAACAUUGUGUCCAGCAUCACUAAAUUAAGAUGUCUUGAAAUGCUUAUUGCCCUUUCUCAAUUUGUAUCAGAUGAAAAUAAGAUUGAUAGAGUAAUACCAUACCUGGUAUCCUGCUUUGAGGACGAGUAUCCUAAUGUCCAAGCGCUGGCCGUACAGGCAUUAACACAGGUUUUGAAUACCAUCAAGAAGGUAAACCCCAUAAAUGAAUACAUCUUUGUUGACUAUCUUUUACCUCGGUUGAAACGUUUACUGCUGCAGAGCAAGGUGAAUUCCUAUACUCGUAUUAUUGUGGCAAAUUGUCUUGGUGACAUUCUGACAGUGGCAAACCGGUUUCAAGAGAUUUCUUACUCCUCCAAUUCUCAUCAGCUGACAGAUAUACCCAAUGGAGGUCUGGAGGCAUUUGAAGUUACUAGUCGGAAUAUCAAAAAGCUUGUCCAACAAGUGGAAGAUUUAGCGGUUGGACUGCUGACCGAUAGCGAGACCAACGUCAAGAUUGCCUUGCUGGGCAAUAUAUUACCACUUUGUAAAUUCUUUGGACGCGAAAAGACCAACGAUGUAAUUUUGAGUCAUCUUAUAACAUAUCUUAAUGACAAGGAUUCAUCAUUAAGAAUAAAGCUUAUUCAAACCAUUUCUGGUAUUGCCAUAUUACUGGGCCCGAUAACCCUUGAACAAUAUAUUUUGCCUUUGUUGAUACAAACAAUAACAGAUUCGGAGGAACUUGUGGUUGUGAAUGUACUUAAAAGCUUGAAAGAUCUUUGCAAAACGGGUUUGAUUCAAAAGCGAUUUCAUUAUGACAUAUGCAAUACAAUACGGCCCCUACUUCUUCAUCCAAAUUUUUGGAUACGACAAUAUUCGCUAUUGAUUAUAGUUGAGAUUUCCGCUAAUCUAUCAAAAGCUGAGGUUUAUUGUGUUCUCUAUCCUAUUGUAAGACCCUUUUUCGAAUUCGACGUAGAGUUCACCUAUGAUUUGAUGCUAUCCAGCUGCAAGCUUCCGGUAUCAAGAACUGUGUACAAUUUUCUUUGCAGCUGGUCGCUCAGAGCAUCUAAAUCACUUUUUUGGCAACAGGUUCCGAGUAAUCACGUUGAUGCGUUUGGAAAUGACAAUACAUCUUUCAUCACUAAAGAUUAUUCUCAAAGAAACUAUGGCUUCAACAUCAUGAAGGCAUCCAAAUCUGUUGUCAGGUCCUUCGAUAACAGUGAGAUUCCCCUUACAACCGAAGAUAAGAAUUGGGUAGAUAAAUUUAAAUCGAUUGGUUUGACUGAAAGUGAUUUUUGGAAGUUGGCCGUUCUUCGCGGCUAUAUCCUGAGGGCAGCAAAAUUGAUAUCGCGUAAGACUAGUGUUCUGGAAAAUGAAAAAACGAGGAAUUCCAGUAGGUAUGAUCGGCUCAACUUGGCCGUCCCGCAAUUAAUGCCUAGAACUAUCUUCUUUGAUGUAAAGUUUGCAGAAGAUGACGAAACAGCCACAAUGACUGUAACGGAAGGGGCUGUAAAUAAACCUAAACUGCAACAGGACAUACAUUGUGACUUGCCUACGGUGAAAGAUAUGAACGGAUCUUUAAUGUUCACAACAAAAGCAGCGGCAACAACGACAUCCAAUCUAGAAAACGUAUACGUUCAGCUGGAGUUCAAACCGCAAAAGCGAGAUGUGCCGUAUGAUACACUGGAGCAUGAUGUCGAUGAACAGGAAUACACAAUUCAUGAUAGCUAUGAGGGUAACGUUGGAACGAUCAAAGAUUAUUUGCAUAACUUGAAAAUACUUCCAUCAUUGAGAGAAUACAAAAACUUCGGGUCUCUUAUCAGCGAUACAAUACCGCAUGAAACUCUCGACCAAGUGAAAGGAAAGCUUGUUACUAAUCUCACAGAAGGCAGGCAACUUUCCAUUACUGCCUUGGCCACCUCCAGUGGCGUUAACCCAUAUUUGAUUAGUGGCUCUGAUCAAGGUGUAAUCAAAUUGUGGGAUUUGACGAAGAUAAUAUCCGGUGAGCUUUAUACUUCAUCGUUGACUCACGACUUGGCUUCUCCAAUAACUAAUAUAAUCGCAUUGACUGGUUACGAUUCAUUUUGCAUAUCUACGAAAGAUGGUCUCAUAGUCGUUCUGAGGGUCCUUUACCAGAUAAAAGAAUCACAGAGAAAGUUUGCUAGAUUUCAAACAAUCAGAAAAUUCAAAAUUGACCAGACUGAAGAGAGGGAGGUAUAUGCGACAACUAUCAAAGCAGUCAUUACAGAUGACAUAUCGCAACUGAUUGCGCUAACAAAUACCUCACAAAUACUCAUUUUGGAUAUUAGAACCAUGAAGUGUAUCAAGAAAAUAUCUAAUCCCGUUUCACAUGGGGCGGUCGCAAGCUUUGCCGCAGGAGAGUCCGGUUCAGUUCUAAUACUUGGUACCACAAAAGGUAUCAUUGAUUUAUGGGAUUUGAGGUUUCAUCUUUUGAUUAAGAGCUGGGCAUUCGGUGACCAUCACCCCAUUACUCAUCUCAGCGAAUGCGGUGUUAUGGGUAAAGACACAGUAAUAGUGGUUGGCGGCCUUUCGUCUGCUCUUUUCACUGUCUGGGAUUACGCCAAGCUGAAAUGUCGCACAGCAGUCAUCCAUUCUGAUGAGCAACCUUCAAUCGGGACAUUCCUACCUGUGCAAAAACAGUUAGAUAAAUUAAGAUUCUUAAAUGCAAUAACGGUAAACAGCAUAUUUGUCACGGGAGAAUACGCUGUUGUCGCAAAUGGCUCUAGUAAUAAGCUUGUCAUGGUGAAUAUGAGAAAGUUAAAUUCCUCGAGGAUUUUAAGGGAACCGAAGAGCACAAAUGAUUUAGUGACAGUUCAGGCUACUGCCAGCUUGAGCUACUUGCUGCUAAAGAAGACCAGCAGUAAUGAAGGCAAAUCAGCUGAAAGAAUUAAGUAUAGUGAAAACAUCAAUUGUAUGGCCUCCGCUGUCAUAAAUGGUUUACAACUGCUGAUAACCGCCGAUACUUCUGGUACCAUCAGUUUAACUAAAUGA